AUGAGAAAAGGGGGACUGCGAGAUGAGGGAAGCCAGUUUCGCGCCCGGCUCGCCCCACCGUCGGCAGGGGGCGUGCCGGCCCCGCUGGCGGCUGCUUUCUGGGCACGUGACCGCCUCCCCGACCUCCCUUUACGGCCGGUCGCCCGCGGCGGCGGCGGUUGUCAUGGGGACAGAGCUUGGGAGGCAACCGAGGAAGAGGAGGAGGAAGAGGAGGAGGAAGAGGAGGAAGAAGAAGCUGUCAUAGAAGAAACUGAGGAAAAGGCUGGAGAGGCCCAGGAGGAGGCUGUAGGAGUACAGGAAGAAGCCACAGUGAAGCCCCAAGAAAUCACCAAGUCCAUGAUCAAUUUGGAGAAAUUUAUUGAUUCCCAGUCAACCAUGCCAGAAACUUUCCCAAUAACCCAUACACGUAGUGAGUCAAGGCAUUCAUUACAAGCAGAGUCCAGUUCCGAAACAAAUGAGCUCUCAGAAGGCCUGAGCUCACAACAUGAAUUUCUUGAUUUGGAUCAAAUCAGUACUGAGGAACAGCAGAUUAGUUCCCCUGAAAAGCAGUCCUCAGGCGAGCUUGAGGAGAAUAUCGACCAGAUGCCCCCAGAUGAAUUGGGACAAGAAAGAAGAGACUUGGUACCAGAAAAGGGAGUGGAGAGACAAGAAAAGAGAGUAUCAUAUUUCCACAACGAAGGUGAAGGAAAACAAUUCCAGUCCAAACAAGGUAUCUGCAAGGAGUCACUUGUGUCUACCACCACAGAAGACAUUUUGUUCCAAAAGGAUGAGAACGCUGACGUUUAUCCCUUGACUAUGACCUGGCUGUAUGGAUGGAACAGUUCUCUUCCUGUUUACUAUAUUCGAGAUGAAAACCAGAGAGUUCUUCUGUACGUUUGUGCCCACACUGCGGUCCUCUACAAUGUUUUCAGGAAUAAUCAGCACCACCUUCAGGGCCACCCUAAUAUCAUCUCCUGCGUCUGCAUCAGUGAAGACAGGCGGUGGAUCGCCACAGCAGACAAAGGGCCAGACUGCCUGAUAAUUAUAUGGGACUCCUUCACAGGUAUUCCUGUGCACACGAUAUUUGACAGCUGCCCAGAAGGUAACGGCAUCAGGGCAAUAGCCAUGUCCCCCGACGCCAAGUAUCUGGCAACCAUCUCAGAUGCUGAAGUCCAGAAAGUGUGCAUCUGGAAGUGGACUUUAGCAGUGGAAACACCAGCAUGUACUCUCGAGCUCCCUAAAGAGUAUGGUUUGCAGAACUACCUUACUUUUAAUCCAACAAAUAAUAAAGAAUUGGUGAGCAAUAGUAGAAUACAAACAAUAUAUUAUUUGUGGAAUGAAGAGAGAGGAAUACUUGCUCACAGUGCCCCGCUUUUAACAGAAAAAACCUUCAACAAGCUCGUGGGAAAAUUUAGCCAGUCUGUCUUCCAUUUGAAUUUAACACAAAUCCUCUCAGCAACAAUGGAAGGGAAGCUGGUUGUCUGGGACAUACACCGCCCACCAUUGUCUUCUGCCACCUUUUUGGGCUUUCCCUAUAUCAAGCCUUGUAAAUUGGUUCAUUUGCAGAAAGAGGGUAUCACCGUGCUUACUACAGUUGAUAGCUACAUUGUCACAGGUGACAUUAAGGGCAACAUUAAGUUCUAUGAUCACACUCUGUCCAUUGUUAACUGGUACAGUCACUUUAAACUGAACUCCAUAAGAACUCUGUCCUUUUCAAAGACCCCGGCAACUCCUACAGAGAAAUCACACUUUCCUCCAGACUGCACUUUAAAAGGUGGCCUUUUUAUUGUAAGGAAUCUUGUCAUUGGAACAUCUGAUGCCACGGUGUACCACUUAACGACAGAUGGGACCAAACUUGAGAAGUUAUUCAAAGAGCCCAAGGAUGCCAUUUGUGCCAUCUCAUGCCACCCAUAUCAGUCCAUCAUCGCCAUUGGAAGUGUCUGUGGGAUGAUCAAAGUGUGGGAUUAUGAAAAGAAAAUAUACCUUUACAGCAGGGUCUUUGAGAAGGGGCUUGGAGUCCAGAGUCUAACCUACAACCCUGAAGGAGCCCUUCUUGGAGCUGGCUUCACAGAGGGGACAGUUUACAUUCUUGAUGCAAUGUCUUUAGAAAGUGAAAUCCCAGAGCCUUUCAAAUAUUCCAGAACCAGUGUGACUCAUAUAAGCUUCUCCCAUGACUCCCAGUAUAUGGCAACUGCUGAUGUAAGUUUUACUGUGGCUGUUUACAUGGUGAUAGUCAAAAAUGGACAAAGGAUCUGGGAAUACUUAGCAAGACUUCGCUCUCAUCACAAAAGCAUCCAAAGUCUCCUGUUUGGGGUUCAUCUGGAUAGCAAUGAGCCUAGACUGCUGAGCCUCGGGAGAGACAGGCUGUUGCUCAAAGUCACCAUUCCAGACACAGCUCAAUGUCACUUGGUAGCUCUUCACUCCUCCCUCAAUGCAGCCCCUGCACCAUUUGUGGAAUUGAAAAACAAUUUUUUUGUUUCUUUUUUCUCAUUCAGACAGACACUUGUUGGGCCAGCUUAUGGUUCUCCUAUUGAGCAGACACAAGUCCUCCCAGUGAAAACCACUGUGGAACUACAGAAACGCUACUUGGUGUUUAUUAACAGAGACAAGAUUGGACUUCAGAUCUUACCGGUUGACGGCAAUCCACAUAAAACAUCUGCUAUUGUUUGCCACCCAAAUGGGGUGGCUGGAAUGACCCUUUCCUAUGAUGGCUGCUAUGCCUUCACAGCAGGAGGGCACGAUUGCUUGGUAGUACAGUGGAAAAUCAACUUAAGCGCCCUGGAGGCAGCGGUUUCUCUUGGGGGCGAAGACUUGACCCCGUUCUAUGGUCUGGUGUCUGGUGGCAGGGAAGGAAAAUUCUACAGGGAGCUGGAAGACUAUUUUUACUAUUCUCAGCUCCGCAGUCAAGGUAUUGGUACAAUGGAGACCAGAAAGGUGUCGGAACACAUUUGCCUGUCAGAGCUUCCUUUUGUCAUGAGAGCAAUUGGCUUUUACCCAUCCGAAGAAGAGGUUGAUGAUAUGUUUAAUGAAAUCAAAUUUAGUGAGUAUAUGGACACGGGAAAGCUAAUUGACAAAAUCAACUUACCAGGUUUGUUCAAAGUUUACCUUAAUCAUAGGCCACCUUUUGGUAACAUCAUGAGUGGUAUCCAACAGAGCUUCGGUGUUCUUGGUUUUACCAAUUCAAAAGGAAAAAAGGCUAUUCGAAGAGAGGAUUUCCUGAAACUGCUCUUAACUAAAGGUGAGCACAUGACAGAAGAGGAGAUGACCGAUUGCUUUGCUACACUGUAUGGCUUGAAUCCUGAAGGUUGGAAAUCUGAGCCUGCAACCUCCUCUGUCAAAG